AUUAUUAUACUUUUAUUAAGAAAUUUUUUUACACAAAAUAUUGAUGUUACAAUAAUUUUUUACAAAUUAUGAUAUUUACAGUAAAGAAAUUUGUUUUUACUACUUACCGAUAGAUGGCAUUGAUAAUGACAUUUAUAUAGAUUCCUUUUUUACCGGCAACGUCAACCGAUUGUGAUACUAUAUUGGUUAUCUAAUUUUAAAUUUAUUAUAAUAUUUAGUAUGUUAAUUUGAAAAGUAUAUGAAAUAAAAAUAAUUAUUAAUAGUAUAAAAUCAUAUGGAGCAUAUACUACGAGGAAAAUUUGGCAAUUAUCUUUUAAAAUAUGGUUCCCAAAGGCGUUAUCAAAGGGAAAUAAGUACUAUGUGGUGCGGAAGGGCUCUUGAUAGAUCUAAACCGCUCUUAAAACAACAAUUUUUGUAUCAAAAAAGAGAAUAUGGUAUGAUGAUUGUUAGAGCACUAAGAGGCGUCUUAAAAAUUAGAUAUUUAUUACUCGGAGGCGCCGUAGCUGGAGGGGGUGCUUUACAAAAGAAAUAUAAUGAUUGGAAAGAUGGUUUACCGGAUAUGAAAUGGUUAGUUGAUGUCCUACCAGAUAACGAUAAAUGGCAAAAGUGGAGGACGAAUUUAGUCGAUUUCAAAGAUAAUAUAAAGAAUAGUAUAGAGCUCGAUCCGAGGAUUAAAUCGUUGAGCGAAAACAAGUACAAUGAGUUCAAAUCUUGGUUUGAUCAAAGAUUAGACGAUGCUAUAGCGGCCGCCGAGGCUCAAGAAGCCACGCAAAAAGAAGAUUUGAAAAAGGGGGUGUCGGAAGCGAGCGUCGUCCACGCGACGAAUCCUUUUUCGUCUGACGAAAAAUUGCGCAAAGAGGCUCAAGAAAGGUUGAAUAAUAUACAGGAGGAGAUGAUGCAGACGCAGAUCAAGUACCAGAGGGAGUUGGAGAGGUUGGAGAAGGAGAAUAAGGAGUUGAGGAAGCAGAAUAUUCUGUUGAAGCAGGGUAAAAAACCGAGCGUGAGGAAAAUUAAGAGGAGUCUUAUUGAUAUGUAUAGCGAGGUGUUGGAUGAGUUAGCAGAUUUCGAUAGCGGUUAUAAUACGCAGGAUCAGUUACCGCGCGUUGUUGUCGUCGGCGAUCAGAGUAGCGGGAAGACGUCGGUUUUGGAAAUGAUUGCGCAGGCGCGUAUUUUUCCAAGGGGGGCCGGGGAAAUGAUGACGAGGGCGCCAGUAAAAGUGACAUUAUCGGAAGGCCCUUACCACAUAGCCCAAUUUCGAGAUUCCACUAGGGAAUUCGACCUGACCAAAGAAUCCGAUUUAGCGGAUUUACGUCGAGAAGUCGAACUUAGGAUGAGAAAUAGCGUCAAAGGAGGAAAGACCGUCUCGUCCGAAGUUAUUUCUAUGACGGUUAAAGGUCCCGGUUUACAAAGAAUGGUCCUAGUAGACUUACCCGGUAUAAUAUCUACCCAAACAACCGAUAUGGCCGCCGAUACGAGGGAAAGUAUCAGACAGAUGACCCAGGCUUAUAUGAACAACCCCAACGCCAUAAUUUUGUGUAUACAGGACGGGGCAGUUGACGCGGAAAGGAGUAACGUCACCGAUCUCGUGGCGACUUGCGAUCCUCAAGGUAAAAGGACCAUCUUCGUGUUGACCAAAGUCGAUAUGGCGGAAGAAAAUUUAGCGGAUCCGAAUCGGAUUCGAAAAAUCCUUUCCGGAAAAUUAUUCCCGAUGAAGGCCUUGGGAUAUUUCGCCGUCGUGACCGGUCGCGGUAGAAAAGACGAUUCCAUUCAAACAAUAAAAGAUUACGAAGAAAAUUUCUUCAGAGGCUCCAAGCUAUUUAAAGACGGCGUUGUCAAAUCUACGCAGGUCACCACUCGUAACCUCAGUCUCGCCGUUGCUGAUUGUUUUUGGAAAAUGGUCAAAGAGACCGUGGAACAGCAAGCGGACGCGUUCAAAGCUAGGCGAUUCAACUUGGAGACCGAAUGGAAAAAUAAUUUUCCAAGGAUACGCGAACAGGACAGGGACGAGCUAUUCGAAAGGGCCAGGACGGAAAUUUUGGACGAAAUCGUUAAUUUAUCCCAAGUUAGUCCCAAACAUUGGGAGGAUACUUUGUUGCAGAAUAUCUGGGAGAGGGUUUCUUCCCAUGUUUUUGAAAAUAUUUAUAUUCCGGCGGCGCAGACUGGGUCGGCAGAAACGUUCAAUACCGCGGUCGAUAUAAAAUUGAAGCAAUGGACAGAUACGGCUCUGCCGGUGCAAUCGGUCCAAUCCGGUUGGGAAACGUUGAAAUCCGAAUUCGAACGUUUCCUGCAAAAAGCGGCCGAAGCGCCGGAUCACGACGACAUCUUCGAUCAAUUGAAACAAGCCGUCGUUAACGAAGCGAUGGUUAGACACACGUGGGAAAACAAAGCCGCCGAAAUGCUUAGGGUGAUUCAAUUAAAUGCCUUGGAAGAUAGGACGAUAGGGGAUAAACGGGAUUGGGACCAGGCGGUUAAAUUCCUCGAAAGUAGCGUCAAGGAAAAGCUGAACGAAAGCGAAACUAACCUGAAAAAACUGUUGGGACCUUCGGCGAAAGAGAGAUGGUUGUAUUGGAAGUACCGAACCGAGGUGGAAGGGAAAAGGGGGACCGUCAAAAACGAAUUAGACAAAAUUUUGUAUUCGAACGAGAAACACUCGCCGAUUUUGAGUUACGACGAAUUAACGACCGUAAGGAACAAUUUGAAACGAUCUGACGUCGAGGUCGAUAACGAAUUUAUCAGGGAUGUUUGGGAGGCGGUUUAUCGGCGGCAUUUUCUUCAGAAAUCGUUAACGAAAGCUUACGAUUGUCGGAAAGCGUUUUUCUUAUAUCACCAACAAGCCGGCGACGUCGAUUGUUCGGACGUGGUGCUCUUCCAUAGGAUACAGCAAAUGAUGAAAGUCACUUCGAACGCUCUCAGACAACAAAUAACGAAUAGAGAAGCUCGUAGAUUAGAUAAGGAAAUAAAAGAAGUUUUGGAGGAUUAUAGUCAAGAUAAUGAAAAGAAAAUUCAGUUAUUAACGGGUAGGAGGGUGACUUUAGCCGAAGAAUUGAAACGAGUUAGACAAAUUCAGGAACGUUUAGAGGAAUUUAUACAAGCUUUAAAUAAAGAAAAAUAAAUAUUAAUUUAUAUUUAAGACAUAAAUAUACUUGAAUUGUUCAA